AUGGGCGAGCAUAAUCUUCUUAAUCCCGGGUUUGUGGGACCUUUGGUAAACAUCCACACUGGAGACACGUUUUACUUUCCGAAUUUCCGAGCCUCGGGGGGACAACUGGCGGGGCUACCAUCUCUCCCCUACCCUAGAAGGGACAAUGUUUGCUCCCUCCCGUGGAAUCCAUCCGAGCCCUGCAAUGGAUAUUCUCAAUCAUAUUUUAGCAGCCCCGUGUCUAUUAACCCUUCUUUCAACCGGUCGUGUGAAAUUACUCGACCGGAGGAGAGUAAAUGUUAUUAUAGCAAUGGCAGCGUGAGCAACAGAGAGAGCUGUUCAGGUGGUGGCGGGAGCAGCCUAAAGCGAGAGGAUAAAGCGAGGGACACAUCAUCAUUCAUAACAUCUGAUCACGGGAUGCACUCUGGCAUGGGCAGCAAUAACAUUGGUACAUUUUCUAAGUAUAAUUAUGGGACCGAGCAACUCGCUCAAGACCCGCCGUCCUGCCAAUCUCUGGAAUCCGAUUCUAGCUCCUCGCUUCUCAACGAGGGCAGCAAAACUUCCUCCAGCGACCCUCAGACCCUUCUGUCACCAGGAAACCACACCGCCCACUCGGGCAACAUAGCUGCAUGCGGAGGUGCCCCGUGGUACCCGAUGCACACCCGGACCCGAAAGAAACGCAAGCCCUACUCCAAGCUCCAACUGGCCGAACUGGAGGGCGAGUUCAUACUGAAUGAGUUCAUCACCAGACAGCGGCGGAGGGAGCUGUCUAACCGCCUCAACCUCAGCGAUCAACAGGUUAAAAUCUGGUUCCAGAACCGGCGUAUGAAGAAGAAGAGACUGAUGAUGAGGGAGCAAGCUAUGGGCUUCUUUUAGAUUUAGUAGAGACGUGGCACCAUAAGGAUAAUCGAUUGACAGGCAGUGUUUCUCCUGUCUGCAAUUGCUAUAAAUGCAUGCAUGCACUCACCAAGCCUACUCUCGCUCCAUCUCCAUCAGAAGGUGCAAAAUGUUCAGGAAAAUAUUUUAGGUGUAAGCCCUAAGGAAAACGACCAAGUGAUACUGCUGCGAUAACUUAGAAUAUUGUCCGAGUUAUGCAGGAUAGUACUACCAUAGUGUUGUGGUAAAACACCUAUAGCCUACAGACGUUAAUCAACUGUGAGAUGAUAUUCUUGCUUCCCAAAGGACGGAAUUAGUGCAUGAUGUCCAUGACUGAUGUCAU